AUGGAACCGUCUAGCUACUUGGCAUUUCUGGUUGCUGGAGAUUCGUCGGUAAUUCGAUCUCGGGGAUUUGGCAGCUUCAGACCUGCCCUGGACCUGGAUUCACAUCGAAAACUGACUCCAUCGCAGCACCUAGCAAACACGUUUAUCCAAUUCUUGGUAACUCGGUCCGAGCUCAAAGUUCGUGACCAGCAUGUUAUCUUGGGACCAUCCUCAGUCUCAACCUUCUUCCGUCUGAUUUUGAUAUCCUCAGUCAGCUACACAAACUCCCGGGAGUGCGGAAAAACUGCGAUGCGAUUUGUGUUCCAAGUACCAAUCAAGAUGGGACGACUUCGGUGUCGCGCCAAAGCCAAAAAUGAUUUUCUCAUAAUGCGAAACAAAAGUUUGUUGGGCAUGGGACAAUUUUAG